AUGAAGGGGUCCACAGGGGGCUUUAGCAAAGGGGCUUUAGCUAGGAAGCUGAAGUCGGACCGUCGAUUAGCGGCAAAAAUAGUGGAACGCUACGGUGGUGAGCAUGCUGGUCAGGUAUCUGAGCAGCAUGCUAACACGCUGGAGUGGGCCAAGAAGGUGUUAAGCGAGAGCGAGACCGAUGGGUCACGACUCGAAGCGAAUAGACACGAAACAGCGGGUGGUCAAGAAAACCCUGGGCCACCCCCAAAAUGCGUUAGUGCCGGCUGGCAUCAUGGGCUGCACAAGCUGACUAGGUGCGCCGAUGAAAGAUCGGCCAUCUUAUACAAGAAGGCAGUCUCUCUGGUGGGGGAGGUUUGGAAGGGGGCCAGACUGGAGGCCGUGGACAAAGAGGAUCUUCCUCUUCGCCCUAGGGCUCGCGUCUGGUUACCGGCCGAACCGUCCACUGCGAAGGAGAUAGAGGAAAUCCUCAGGUACUGCAACCCCACACUCCCCGCGCACGACUGGAGGGUUUUAAGGCUGGAGAGAACCAAUGAACCAUAUCGGCAAGCGCUGAUAAUGCUUAACGCGGAGUCCAUCGGUCCUCUCAGCAGAACCAAGGGAGCCAUCAGCUAUGGGUUCGAAAUGGUGGUACUGAAGGUACUCCCAACGGAUGCCAGGGCUGAUGGCGCUCAAGCUGCAGAUGCGGGGGAGAAGGGAGAAGGCGUUAGCGAUGGUCAAACGACCACGGAAAGCGACCCAAGCCUCUCGGACGUGGAGAGUACUGGAGGCGGAUCGUCGAUCGGCGACUCCGUUUUCAGCCUCGAACAAUUGUUUGAGGAGGUGAGGGUCGAUCAUGACCUAAGCGCUGAACUGGCGCUUCUAGAGGAUAGUCUGAAGGAUGAGAUUCCUCCAGAUUAACCUCCAUCAUGC